CCAUUACAACACAGCAACUGUUUGUUCAGUGCUGAAAAACGCCAACGCACCGCGAGCUGGCAACUCUGUCUAGCAGCUGUCACAGCAACAAAAACAACAGGGGCAAGAAGAAGAACUUUGACAGCUGCGGCGCAACCAAAAUCGAAGAAAAACAUUUUACGAUGGGCAACGCGCUGACGCACUACUUGAAACCGGACGUGAUGCCCGGCCCGGAUGUGGUGCCCACCUUUGACCCACUGCUGGGCUUCGAGUCGCGCAAGGAGCGUGUGAUGAUCGCCACCCAGGAGGAGAUGGAGUCCGCCAAGCUGCCGCUGGAAUUCCGCGACUACUGCGCCCACCUGGCCAUCGCCUACCAGGCCUGCCGCAGCGACACCUUCCCGUUUGUGUACAAGUGCGCCCACCAGAAGCACGAGUACCUCACCUGCGAGUACGAGGACUACGUGCUCCGCAUGAAGGAGUUCGAGCGGGAGCGCCGGCUGCUGGAGCGCCAAAAGCGCCUCAACAAGGCAGCCUAGGCUUAAGCUAGAGACCCCUAUACAAAAACACCCCCAAAAACACCAUCAGGUGACGCUCCUGGCCGCGGAUUCACUGCCACUGCCCCAUGUUGCAAGCUAGUUUCCAGCGGAAAUGUCAAUAAACAACUCCAUGCUAGUAAUAAUGCGGAUCUGCUAACCAUUUUUUUUUAUUAUCCAUUAAACGAUUGAAAAACUGUUCGAAAAAACCGACGAGUGUCUUGAAGAUGUGGAUCGUGAAGAGAUCAUCGAUAUAUAAAUGGAUUACGGUGGAUGAGCCGUGGGUGAAAAGUAUGGAUGUUAUUGGAAGCUAUAGUUGAUCAGAGUGGAUAUAUAAAUAAACAAAUCGUUCGAUGUAUCUUCCAACUA